AUGUCCGUCGCCCACCUCCAGGAUGAGGUCCACCAGGCAUCGAUGGAGAACCCAGAGGCGUUCUGGUUGAACCAGGCCGACUUUUUGCACUGGCACAAGAAGCCCACCAAGGCUAUCAAGAUGUCCACCAAGGUGCUCCCCUCGGGCAACACCCACCCCACCUGGGAGUGGUUCCCGGACGGCGAGAUUUCGACCUGCUACAACCAGGUCGACCGCCAUGUCAUUGCCGGCUACGGCAGCUCGCCUGCCAUCUACUACGACUCGCCCGUGUCUGGCACCAAGAGGACGAUCACCUACUCGGAGCUCAAGCACGAGGUCGAGACGCUCGCAGCUGUGCUUGCCGAGAACGGCGUUGGCAAGGGUGACGUCGUACUCUGCUACAUGCCAAUGAUCCCUGCGGCUAUCAUGGGUAUCCUCGCCGCCAACCGCUGCGGCGCCGCCCACUGCAUCGUCUUUGGCGGCUUUGGUGCUCCCGCACUCGCCCAGCGCAUCGACGCCGUCAACCCCAAGGUCAUCCUGACCGGCUCGUGUGGUCUGGACGGCGCAAAGGUCAUUCCGUACCAGCCCAUGCUCCACGGCGCGCUCGAGCUCGCCGCCCACAAGCCCAACCGCACCAUUGUCUUCCAGCGCCCACAGCACGAGUGGAAGGUCGACGAGAAGAUGGGCGAGGCGUCAUGGCAGGUCCUCACCGACGACGCCAAGAACCGUGGCGUCACGCAAGAGUGCGUCCCCGUCGCCUCGUCUGCUCCUUGCUACAUUUCGCACACGUCCGGUACCACCGGCGCACCAAAGGGUGUCAUUCGCGACAACGGUGGCCACGCCGUCGGUCUCCACCUGUCCAUUUCAAUGGUGUUUGGUGUCAACGGCCCCGGCUCGGUCAUCUUUGCUGCUUCCGACAUUGGAUGGGUUCUUGGCCACGCCUUCAUUCUCUCCGCUCCCCUUCUUGUCGGUGCCGCCACGGUCAUGUACGAGGGCAAGCCCGUUGGCACGCCCGACGCCGGCGCGUUCUGGCGUAUCAUCGAAGAGUACAAGGUCAACGCACUCUACUGUGCCCCCACCGCGCUCCGUGCCAUCAAGGGUCUCGACCCCGAGUCCAAGUUCCUCAAGAAAGUCGGCGAGCGUAACGGUCUCCGCUCGCUCAACGGUCUCUUCCUUGCAGGCGAGCGUUCCGAGCCGACCCUCAUCACCAUGUACCAGGAGCUCCUGGACAAGUACGCCGCCCCAGGAUCCCACGUCAUUGACAACUGGUGGUCGACCGAGGUCGGCUCGCCCAUCACUUCGCGCGCGCUCAUCCCGCACGCCGGCUUUGACCAGAAGACGACGGUCCGUGACCACCCGCCUCCCAUCAUCAAGCCCGGUUCCGCCGGCAAGGUCAUGCCCGGCUACGACCUGAAGAUUGUCGACGACGAGGGCAACCCCGUCGGCGCUGGUGAGAUGGGCAACAUUGUCCUCGGUCUCCCGCUCGCCCCCACCGCCUUCCGCACCCUCUGGAAAGAGGAGGAGCGCUUCUACACUGGCUACCUGAAGCGCUUCAACGGCAAGUGGCUCGACACUGGUGACGCCGGCUACGUCGACUCUGACGGCUACUGCCACGUCAUGUCGCGCAACGACGACGUCCUCAACGUCUCGGCGCACCGUCUCUCGUCCGCUGCCAUCGAGCAGGCCAUCUCGGCCCACCCGCUCGUCGCCGAGGGCUGUGUCGUCGGCAUCCCCGACGCACUCAAGGGCCAGCUGCCCUUCGCCUUCAUCACCCUCUCUGUCCCCGAGCACCCCACCUCGCCCAUCCCAGACCAGCAGGUCUACAGCGAGAUCCAGGCGCUGGUCCGAAACCAGGUCGGCACCAUCGCCACCCUGGGCGGCAUCAUCCAGGGCAAGGGCAUGAUCCCCAAGACGCGCUCGGGCAAGACCCUCCGUCGUCUCCUGCGCGCCCUCGUCGAGAACGCGUCCCACGGCGACUUUGACGGCGACGUCUCCACCCAGAUCCCAUCCACCAUCGAGGACUAUGCCACCGUCGACGUCGCCCGCCAAAAGAUCCGCGAGUACUUUGCCGAAAAGGGCGACGCGCACAAGGCCAUCGAGGUCCGCGCCAAGUUGUAA